AUGAAACCGAGUCCCUGUGCCGCGAGCCCAGCGCACAACACCCCCAGCGCAUCUUUCCCCUUCAACCCCCUGAUACACGUCCCCGCCAAUGUACCAGCCAGCAUGACGGGGAAGAUGGGCAAGAUCCAGGCGGGCGUCAUCUUCCCUAUUGUCAGCCUCCUCUCGCGCUUGACCGUAAAUAAGGGCAAAGCGCAGGGCGAUAGCUACCGUGGUGAGGAGGAAGAAGACCACAUCGAGAAGAAAUAG